AUGCAGAAAGACCAUAGCAAGCUCAGCGCAUUGCCUGAUGACAUUCUGGUCAACAUUCUUGACCGACUCGAUGUCCGCGACGUCGGAAGAACCAGCAUCCUCUCCAGGCGGUGGAGUCAGCUCGCCGCCAAGCUCUCUCGGCUUGUAAUAAAUGCCCAGGACUUUGCGCCUGAGGGUGUGUCAAGCGCCAACAUCUCUGGUGAUGACUUGGUUCGGAUGAAUGCAGCAGCUGUUGAAGCGACAAGGAGCAUACUGGCACGCAGAAAUCGAGGUGAACACACCAUACGCCUCCUUUCUACGGCGUUCUACUUGAGAGAUGAUGUCCCCAUAUCCAUUGGACGUGCUGUUGGCAAUGCCAUGGCGGCACACUUGGUUGAGAUGGCCAGAUUCAGUGUUAUGACGGAGAAGGUUGGCCUCAAUAACCUCGAUGGUGAUGAUUUGGUCAGCUACGGGAGAGAAUUCAUGCGGUUCUUUGAUGCCUGCCCAAUUGCAUUUGGUGGUGUCACUAGCCUCGACCUAGAGAAUUUGAGAUUUGGUCAAUCAGACAUAUCCAACGUCCUUGUCACUUGCAAGCGGUUGAAGCAUCUGCGUUUGUUCAACUGUGACUCAGGUGAUCCCAGCACGCUGCAAGUUGAACACUCGCAUCUCACGGAGCUCAGUAUCGUUGGUUGUCUUUUCCAACAAGUUAAGCUGAAUUGGCUCCCCCAACUAACACAAAUGGUCUUUGAUGGUUGGAUUGAUUUCCAAGAUCCACUGGUUCUUGGUCAUGUCCCGUUGCUUGAGGCUGUAAGCCUCACAAAUGUUGCCCGUAGUUUUCACAAUAUGGUCAAGUUAAGUGAGUUUCUUAGCAUUACCUCUAUACGAGAUCUGAAGCUGGGAUUUAAUUCCGAAAAGAUAUGGGUGCAGCCAGAAUGCCCAACUGCAAGUCUUGCAUCUGUGUUCCGCCAACUAAGGUUUUUGAAUCUGGUUAAUCUUCCUGAAGGGUAUGAUCUCACCUGGACAAUGUUUAUUCUUAAAGCUGCGCCCUUACUGAAGGAGCUAUACAUGACGGUAUGGGAUCAUGUGUGUGUAAUGGUAACGGAUGAGCAGCAGAGGAACGAAGAAUCGUAUAGCGAGAACAAGGGUGUAGAGUGGGACUCGGGUGCAUCUGAUUUCAAACACCACAGUUUGGCCACACUCGUCAUCUUUGGCUUUGAAUCUGCGGAUUACCUGGUGAGUUAUGUCAGACGUGUCAUGGCAGCUGCCGUGAAUCUUGAGGAUGUCUUCAUGUACAGUAGGUUGGAGUGCGACUACUGCCCAGACACGAAGCCUAUCAGGUUCCCCUGGACUAAAAGACAGAGGAUGUCACUGAAGAAGAGAUUCACAGUGGGAAUCGAGUCAUUUGCCAUAAUCCACUCCAGUGGGAAGUUAAGGGCUGAUCAUUUAGCAAAGAUUGUGUCUCCGGAUUGCUCGCUGCUUGAAGCAAAAAAGAAGUGGUAAUUUAGCUGUGAACUGUAUUUGAUGGUGUUCAAACUUGUCUGUAAUGACCGUAUUUUUGCAAUUUACUGGUACU